CUGUUUUUCUUGCUCCAUCUCUCUCAUAUUUCUCUCUCUCUCUCACUCACACACACACAAUUUCUCUGAAUUUGCAUAUGCACGAUUUCUCUCUGUUGUGUCGAUAUAUUGAAUCUGUACUAAAGUGCAAUGAGGGGGCAUGAUUGGAUAAAUUCGAUGUUACCAGACGAGUUGAUCUUGGAGAUCUUCCGUGACCUGGACUCAAAGUCGAGCCGAGACGCAUGUUCUCUCGUCUGCCGUCGUUGGCUGACCCUCGAACGCCUCAGCCGUGAUACCAUUCGUAUUGGGGCCUCCGGUAGCCCGGAUGCACUCGUUAACCUUCUUGCAAGCCGUUUUGUUAAUGUCACCAACGUUUACAUCGACGAACGACUCUCCAUCUCUCUCCCGGUCGAUUUCGGGAGACGGCGUAGUGCUAGCCAAUCUGCUCUCUCAUGGCUCAGGCUUCACAUUGUGUCUGAGAGAAGUGAGUCUGGAGCUAGUGAAUUGGAUUCCUAUUGUCUAUCUGAUGCUGGUUUGGCUGCUGUUGCUGAUGGAUUUACCAAACUUGAGAAAUUGAGCCUAAUAUGGUGCUCUAAUGCAACAAGUGCUGGCCUUAGAUUUGUAGCGGAGAAAUGUCAAUCUUUGAAAUCUUUAGAUUUGCAGGGUUGCUAUGUUGGAGAUCAAGGUCUAGGUGCUAUUGGAGAGUGUUGCAAACAACUUGAAGCGCUGAAUUUGCGGUUUUGUGAAGGUUUAACCGACGCUGGUUUAGUUGAGUUAGCCCUUGGCUGUGGGAAGACCUUGAAAUCACUGGGUGUUGCUGCAUGUGCUAAAAUAAGUGAUGUAUCAUUAGAAGCUGUAGGGUCUUAUUGCAGAUCUCUUGAGACCUUGUCAUUGGACUCUGAGUUUAUCCACAACAAAGGGGUACUUGCUGUUGCCAAAGRAUGCCCUCAUCUCAGAAAUCUGAAUUUGCAAUGCAUUAAUGUCACAGAUGAGGCUUUGAGUGCUGUAGGCAUCCUUUGUGUGUCAUUGGAGUCAUUGGCACUUUAUAGCUUCCAGAGAUUUUCGGACAAGAGUCUUUGUGCCAUUGGGAAGGGAUGUAAGAAAUUAAGGAGUCUGAUGCUGAGUGAUUGCUAUUUUCUGAGUGAUAAGGGAUUAGAAGCUGUUGCCGCUGGUUGCUCUGAACUUGCACGUCUUGAAGUUAAUGGCUGCCACAACAUUGGUACUUAUGGGCUGGAAAGCAUCGGAAGGUCUUGCAUGCGUCUCACGGAAUUAGCGUUACUAUACUGUCAAAAAGUAGGUGAUGAAGCCCUAUCUGAAGUUGGCAAAGGUUGCAAGUACUUGCAAGCUCUUCACUUAGUUGAUUGCUCGGUGAUUGGGGAUGAUGCCAUAUGCAGCAUUGCUACAGGCUGCAAGAGUUUGAAAAAGCUUCAUAUACGCAGAUGUUAUGAGGUUGGGAGCAAGGGAAUUAUAGCUGUUGGUGACAACUGUAAAAACCUUACAGAUCUCAGCAUACGGUUUUGUGAUAGGGUAGGGGAUGAAGCUCUGGUCACUAUUGGUAAUGGCUGUCCCUUGUUACGUCAUCUAAAUGUCAGUGGCUGCCACCAAAUAGGAGAUGCUGGAAUAACAGCCAUUGCAAGAGGGUGCCCUCAACUAACUUAUUUGGAUGUUAGCGUUCUUCAGGUGAGUUGGAGACAUAAAAUGGGCUGGUCUUGUACCGGCUGAAAAUAACAUGGAUGCCUCUGCAUCAACCUCAUCUGGUUGGGAAGGAUUUGCCUUCAAAUCUUCCGGUGGACCAUCUUCAAGAGAAGGAGAAAGAUCUCCAACAUUGAAAGUUGCUGAUAUGUUGUAUUCCCAGGUAACUCUAGUUUGGAGGCAGUAUCUCCAAUCCUUGCCAACACCUUAUAUGGUCCAUUUCCUCUUGCCAUUAGCUUGUUCUUCCUUUUUAAAGGAAAUCUUUCCAUCCUUAAGUGCAACCACACGAUUUCUCCAGGUUCAAAGAGAGCCUUCUUGCGAUGCUUGUUGGUCUUUUUCUUGUUCAAGUUGUUGACAUGUUCAAUCUUUGCUUUGACUUGUUCAUGAAUUUUUUGCAUUUCUUUGGUUCGAGUUGUUGCCUCAAAGUGAACUUCACUACCCUUAGGCAGUUGUAUCAGAUCAAUAGGGUUGAGAGGAUUCACUCUGUAGUUCAUUUCAAAUGGUGUGCAUCCAAUAGCAUAAGUUGGAGAUCGGUUAUAAGUAAACUCAACAAAAGAAAGUUUAACAUCCCAAUCUUUCAAGGACUUGCUCACCAUACUUCUUAGCAAGGUUGUGAGUGUUAGAUUAGUUACCUUCGUCUGUCGGCAGUGUAGUGUUGAACAAUAACUUGGUGCCCCAUAACUUCCACAAUGAUUUCCAAAAGUAACUCAAGAACUUGACAUCUUUGUUAGAAACUAUGGUUUUAGGGUCUCCAUGAAGACGCACAAUUUCUUUAAAAAAUAAAACAGCAACAUGAAUGGCAUCAUCUGUUUUGUGACUCGGAACAAAGUGUGCCAUUUUGGAGAAACGAUCCACCACAACCAUUAUAGCAUUUUUCCCAUGUUGAGUACGAGGCAAAGCCUCAAUGAAAUCCAUAGAAAUAUCUUCCCAUGGUUGAGAAGGAAUAGGUAAUGGGAGUAUACAAGCCUUGAUGAAACUGGCUUUUAGCUUGAUGACAUGUUGCACACCUAGCAAUAAGAGCAGUAACAUCACCUUCCAUGUGUGGCCAGUAGAAAUGUUCUUGUAAUACACCAAGGGUUUUGUUGAUGCCAAAAUGACCAACCAAUCCUCCUCCUUGAGCCUCUGUAAUUAGUAGCUCCCUUAGGAUCUCUUAGGAAUGCAAAGUUAGUUGUUCUUGAAAAGAAACCCGUCUUGUAUGAAAUAAGAACCACAAGCUCGUUCUUUGCAUUCUUGAAUAACUUCAGAAAAAUCCGGAUCAUUUAGGUACAAUUCUUUAAUGAAAGGAAAACCUAACACUCUUGCCCCAAGAACAGUAAGCAUGGCAUAUCUCUUUGUAAGGGCAUCUGCAACAAUGUUAGAACUCCCUGUUUUAUACUUCGAAACAAAGAAAAAUAAUUGGAGAAAUCUACCCAUUUCGCAUGUCUUGGAUUCAACUUGUUUUGGCCAUUUGUAUGCUUCAAGGCUUGAUGAUCAGAAUGUAGAACAAAUUGUUUUGGCCUCAAGUAGUGACUCCAAUGAUCUAGGGCAUGUACAAUAGCAUAGAACUCCUUGUCAUAUGUACUAUAGUUCUUUGAUUCACUCAAGUUCUCUCUGAAAUAGGCUAUAGGGAGUUUAUUUACCAAGACAGCCCUUAUGCCAACUCCGCUUGCAUCGCAUUCAACCUCAAAACAAUUGGUUGAAAUCUGGAAGGGCCAAGAUAGGCGAUGUGCACAAACACUCUGAUUUUCUCAAAUGCAUUCUGGGCAGAUUGACUCCAUUUGAAAGAGCCUUGUUUGAUACAUUUAGUGAGAGGUGCAACAAUAGUGCUAAAAUUCUUGACAAACCUCCUGUAAAACGAAGCAAGGCCAUGGAAACUCCUUACUUUUGUUGCACUUGAAGGUGGGUACUGGCCAUGAUUUGAUUGCUGCCACCUUUGAUUCAUCCAUUGAAAUUCCAUCUUUAGAUACAACAUAACCAAGAAAGAUCACGUUUGGAGAAAAAAAUUCACACUUCUCCAACUUCCCAUAGAGUUUCUGGCUUCUCAACACUUCAAUACUCUUCUCAAAUGUCGAGUAUGUUCUUCUGCACCUUUGUUGUACACAAGUAUAUCAUCAAAGUAUACAACAACGAAAUCACCAAGAAAAGGUCUAAGAACCUCAUUCAUCAACCUCAUAAAAGUACUAGGAGCAUUGGAAAGUCCAAAUGGCAUUACCAACCAUUCAUACAACCCACCUUUUGUUUUAAAUGCAGUUUUCCAUUCAUCUCCUUCACGCAUUCUGAUCUGGUGGUGCCCACUCCGAAGAUCAAUUUUCGAUAACAAAUUAGCGUCAUGAAGUUCGUCAAGCAUAUCAUCCAACCUCGGAAUAGGAUAGCGAUAUUUGACCGUGGCGUUAUUGAUGGCUCUACUAUAAACACACAUUCUCAUGGUCCCAUCUUUUCUUGGGACCAACAAAGCUGGAACAAAGCAAGGACUCAUGCUUUCACGUAUGUAACCACGGUCAAUGAGUUCUUGGACUUGACGUUGUAGUUCUCGAGUCUUUUCUGGAUCACAUCAGUAGGCUGAUUUGUUAGGAAGGGGUGCUCCUGGAAUUAGAUCGAUAUGAUGCUCAGUACCUCUAAGUGGAGGUAAUUCAGAAGGAAAAACGUCUUUAAACUCUUCUAAAAGCGGACAGACAAAAACAUACAAAGGAGUUUCAUCAUCAUCGAACCUGUUUCCCACUAGUAGCAAAACAGGUUUACCUUUGCAAAUAGCUCUCUCUAUUCGUGCUUCAUUCAUAAAUAAACUUUUCUCAGCUACAGUAUCCAGCCUUGGUUCUUUUUGUUUUUGCAGUAGGGUAGAUGGUAGCGGUUUGAGAAUUACCUUCUUCUUAUUCAUGACAAAAGAGUAGGUGUUUUGAUAACCAUCAUGCAAAACUUGUCUAUUAUAUUGCCAAGGUCUUCCAAGCAACAUAUGACAUGCAUCAAUAGGUAUAACAUGACAAAUAACCUGCUCUUGAUAAGACUUACGUAUA